UCCAGUGCUGGAUCCUGCAUACUGGAGCAUCUUUAUUCAGAUUCACCAUGAUUGAAGACAACAAGGAGAACAAAGACCAUUCCUCUGAUCGGGGGAGAGUGACUCUCAUCUUUUCCUUGAAGAAUGAAGUUGGAGGACUCAUAAAAGCACUGAAAAUCUUCCAGGAGAAUCAUGUGAACCUGUUACAUAUUGAGUCCCGGAAAUCAAAGCGAAGAAAUUCAGAAUUUGAGAUUUUUGUUGACUGUGACAUCAACCGAGAACAGCUGAAUGACAUCUUUCCCCUGCUGAAGUCCCACACCACUGUCCUCUCCGUGGACUCGCCCGAUCAGCUCACCGUGAAGGAAGAUGUUAUGGACACUGUCCCUUGGUUUCCAAAGAAGAUUUCUGACCUGGACUUCUGCGCCAACAGAGUGCUGUUGUACGGAUCCGAACUCGACGCGGACCACCCUGGCUUCAAAGACAAUGUCUACCGUAGAAGACGAAAGUAUUUCGCAGAGUUGGCUAUGAACUACAAACAUGGGGACCCCAUUCCCAGGAUUGAAUUCACAGAAGAAGAGAUUAAGACCUGGGGAACCAUCUUCCGAGAGCUAACCAAACUCUACCCGACCCACGCCUGCAGAGAGUACCUCAGAAACCUUCCUUUGCUCUCAAAAUACUGUGGCUAUCGGGAAGAUAACAUCCCACAACUGGAAGAUGUCUCCAACUUUUUAAAAGAACGCACAGGGUUUUCCAUCCGUCCUGUGGCUGGUUACCUCUCACCGAGAGAUUUCCUGUCGGGGUUAGCCUUUCGAGUCUUUCACUGCACUCAGUACGUGAGACACAGUUCAGAUCCUCUCUAUACUCCAGAGCCAGACACCUGCCAUGAACUCUUAGGCCAUGUUCCUCUCUUGGCUGAACCCAGUUUUGCUCAAUUCUCCCAAGAAAUUGGCCUGGCAUCCCUUGGAGCUUCAGAGGAGACUGUUCAAAAAUUGGCAACGUGCUACUUUUUCACUGUGGAGUUUGGGCUGUGCAAACAAGAUGGACAGCUGAGAGUCUUUGGUGCCGGCUUGCUUUCUUCCAUCAGUGAGCUCAAACAUGCACUUUCUGGACAUGCCAAAGUUAAGCCUUUUGAUCCCAAAGUUGCCUGCAAACAGGAAUGUCUCAUCACAAGCUUCCAGGAUGUCUACUUUGUAUCUGAGAGCUUUGAAGACGCAAAGGAGAAGAUGAGAGAAUUUGCCAAGACCGUGAAACGCCCGUUUGGAGUGAAGUACAAUCCAUACACACAGAGCAUCCAGGUUCUGAGAGACACCAAGAGCAUAGCUAGCGCCGUGGAUGAGUUGCGGUAUGACCUCGAUGUCGUCAGCGAUGCGCUUGCUAAGGUCAGCAGGUGGCCCAGUGUGUGAUGGUUUCUGGUGCAAAUCCAAAAAGCCUUUGAGCAUCAGGCCAGAGCCAGGGCCAGUUCUUGCUUCUCCUGGAGACCUGCUUGGGGAGGGACAGCAGCUCCCAGCUUAGCAAUGUCUCUCGCUUUUCUCUGUAGCCAAUCUCUCACUGUCUCUGAAAAUGCAUACCAGGCACUGCUGCCUUCUACUUCUGGUUUGUCUUCGGGCACCUGCUUAGGGAGCUAUGACUCACAUGCCAUG